AAGUUUUACUUGUGUGUUGAAGUUUAAUGAAGACACAACAAUAAGAGUACCAUAGGUUGAUCAAUGUAUAGUUUUUUGUUUAUGUAAAAAAACAAGGUUUUCUUACAGGCUAUGUAAAUAAUUUUUGGUUGGGAAUAAGAUUUAUUGUUUUGAAGACUCAUUGCAAAUUGAUGAAGCUGUGAAGUUGUAUACAAUGUAUGUUGUCACGGAGAUUAAUAUGUAUUAUCAGACUGAAGGCAUCAUGCUGGUUUUUAACUUCCUUCUAUGAGUAUUUACAAGAACUAAUGUUGUUGUUUGUGUUUGGCUGUUGUUGAUACUGGGAUAAGCAUGGCAUGUUAUCAAAGAAAAUCAUGAGAUUCUACUUUGUUGGAAUUAUGUUUUACUUCUAUCAAACGCAUGUUUGGAUCGUAUUCCCCUGGGAAUGUCUAAUGGUUAUAUUAAUUCCAACCAGAUUACUGCGCAUUCAUCAUUCAACGAUGUUUAUUUACCUUUCCAUGGAAGAUUAUUUUCUUCAGUGGCAUGGUGUGGGGAGAGUGGGACAUAUUUAGAAGAGUAUAAAUUACAAUGGUUUCAGGUUCGUUUUACCCAAAACACAAGAAUCAAUGGGAUGGCUAUCCAAGGUGAUCCAAAUUAUUACCAAAAUUUUAUCAGAAGAUUUAAGCUUCAGUUUUCGACCAAUGGAACUAAUUGGCAUAAAUUUGACUAUGGCAAGGAAUUUACAGCAAACGUUGAUAACAUUAAUGUUGUAUACAACUGGUUUACUACACCAAUGAUUGCUACAUAUGUUCGUUUGUAUGCAACACUUAUAGAGAGACAUAAUGAUUCUAUAGCUCAACCGUGUUUAAGAGUGGAAUUUUUUGGGUGUUCAAAGAGCAACACUUUUUUGCCACUGGGUAUGUCAACUAGCAUCAUAAAGAAUUCACAACUAACACAAAGUACUGGAGCUAACGCAACAGCAGCAAGAUUAUUUUAUCCUGGAAUAGGGUUGUAUAAACAGUCAACCUUUCCAAUGUAUUUGCAAGUUGAUUUUGUGACAAUUAAAGCUGUGACUGGUAUAUCCAUGGAAGGUGUAUAUCAAGCUUUUAAAAAGCAUUUUGUUAAAACGUACAAAUUGAGCUACUCAAAUGAUAGCAUAAACUUUAUCAGAUCUAAUCAGGUUUUUAAGGAAAAUACAGAGGUAUCUGCAGUUUUUAUUCCUUUAUGGCAACCAACACUAAUGAAAAAUAUGAGAAUAACAGCAAUUAGCUGUGCAGGACAUUGUAGUAUGAAGGUUGAAAUUUAUGGUUAUGAUUUAGAAUGUUCACAGAUUAUGAAUUUGAGUAUAUCUGUGAAUAAUGGUGCAUCUAGAACAAAUAUGAAUAUUGACAGUCCAACUACAUGGUGUUUAAAAGGCAUUUCAGAUUAUGUUAAUGUUACGUUUAACAAACCAAUAGUGAUCUCUGGAAUUGUUUUGCAAGGAGAUUCAAAUACAGAUGGCUGGGUGAAAACCUACAAAGUACAAUAUGGUGUGCGUAAAAAUCGAUUCCUUGAGAAUCUAAUUGGUGUAUCUGAACGAAUAUUUCCAUUAUCUGUAAACUGGUUAAAUCCUCACGUCGUAACCAGUUACUUGUAUAUCAUUGCGACAUCUUGUAACCAUAAUAAAUGCUGUUUGAGAUUCCAAUUGAAAGGAUGUCAAUUAGAUCUCAAAAAGCCUCAUUCCAUAAAAGCAAGUUUGUCUUCAUCUACAAUCACAUUUACUUGGAAGGCAUCGACUUCACAACCUCUCUCAGUCAAAUAUCAUCUUGCAAUAUCAGCAUCUAAGGAUUAUGAACAUAAACACAACUUUUCUUUUCAAACUAUCAACACUACCACAUCUGCUUUAAGUUUCAACGUUUUUAAUGUUAACGUUGCAGCAGCUCGUGUUCAGAUUAAUAUUACAGCAGAUAUUCAAGGCGUUACAGAAUCUGCCGCACCGUUCAACUUUUACAUUCAACCAAAAAAACCACCACCACCUGGAUUUACUAAGAUUAAUUGUUUAAAUGAAACUAACAACAUUACGAGUAUCACAUUAUAUCGCAACAUUACGUGUAUAACAUUGACUUCUUCGUCAGAUAGUAAUGGACCAAUCAGCUAUUACGAAAUUGUGAUAUCAACUACGAGAAAGUCUAAUCUACCAACUCAGCUAAAAAAACAAAAAGAAUCAGAGUUAAAGAAUCUUGAUUAUUUUCUUGCUGCUAUGGUGUAUGCUGAUGAUCUGUCACCAGAUGGUAUAAAAUAUUACUUUGUGGAAGGCAAAGAGUACGUUGAUGGCUUAAAUGCAAGAAUAUCAACCAUGGAGAAGUAUUACCUGUAUGCUCGAGCUGUAAUAUAUGGAAAUGAUAUCUCAAAACAUGGAUUUGACAAUAUCAGCUACUUUGGAAAUUUAACUCAAGUUACAAUUGAACGCGAUUCCUUAAAGUUACUUGUGCCAGAGAUAUUUGUCAGAAACAAGACUUCAGUUAAGCUGGUCAAAGGACCGUCAAAUUUAAGGUAUAUGUAUAUUGUCAUCAUGAAAAUUAACAGGACAGUAUGGCAGGAAAAGGAACCAUUGUUGUAUAAACAAAUUAACUUGAAGACAUAUGAAACAGCAGAUUAUGACGAACCAUACAUAGCUGGUGUAUUCAACAAAAGACAGUUGCUUACUGUUGGUGAUUUUGUGUUAGGAGAUAAUUCAACCUAUACGGUAUCCACAAGUCAUGCUUGGAAAACGAAUUUGGUAACGGAGUAUAGAAAUGGUCCUUUAGUUGAUGGAGAAACGUAUGCUGUAUUUCAGCGAAUACAAGUGAAGGAUGUGUUGUCUUCUACAAGAUGGUCUAGAUUAUUCGUUUACCAUAGCAAUUCUCCAACAAAUUACUCUCCUCCUUCUUCAAAUCUCUUAUUGAUUAUUGGCAUUUCAGUGGGUGCGGUUACUGUAUUAGUCAUAUUGGCAAUAGUAGUUUUCGUUAGGUUUAGGAAAUAUACUAUUUCAAAUAUAGAAGAGAUUGAUAGUGAUAGUAAAGGGAACAGUAUUCAGAGUAAACAUAAAAACGACAUAGUUUUGAAUUACCGGAAUCUUGUAAAAAACGACCAAGACAAACUUCAAGAAUGCUGUAAAGAAGUUGAUGUUGAUGUCAAAAAUUACAUAUAUUACCAAGACAUGGAAAUAAAAGUUCAAGAUUGCAAUCACCAAAAUCAUGACAAUGCUGAUUUACAAAAGCAUGGAGAUUAUUAUGAAGAAGUCAAGAAUGUUGACCAAAGUAACAUUUAUGAAAAUGCGGUUAUGGAAGUUGAAUAUGAAAGUUGUGAAGAUUUUGUCAGCCAUAGUCUAACCAAUAAAGAAUGUUACGAAGAAGUUGAUAUUGCUGAUAAAAGUGAUGUUUAUUAUCAACACAUGAAUAUUCAAGAUGGGGAGUAUCAAGAUCUUAUAGCCAGUGAUUUGAACAAUCAAGAAUAUUAUAAAGAAUUUCAUCUUGCUGAAAAACAUGAUAAUUAUUAUCAAGACAUGGGCAUAAAAAUUCAAGAAGCCCAGUAUCAAGAUCUUGUGGACAGUGAUCUAAACAAUCAAGAAAGUUAUAAAGAACUUGAAAAUUGUAAAAAUCGCGUGCAUUAUGAAGACAUGACUCUAACAGCCCAGCAUGAACCUAUGGAUAAGGUGGAGUUUUCAAAAUUUUUUACCAUGCAGUCAAACUGUGACUUCGAAGAGAUUAAAAAACAAAUAGAUUUGUCAAUAAAGAAUUAUGAGUAUUUUUACUUCCAAGAUGAUGCUACAGCUGUGAAUGAAGUAACUGAAAUUCCAUCGGAUGAUGGUCAAAUUGGUUACAGUAUAUUUCAACAUGUACAGACAGAUAAUUCACCUGAUAUGUGGAAAAUUGUUUUCCAAAAGAAGUUUCAAAUUGUUGUUCUUAUCAAACCAUAUGAUGUUUUACGAUCACGGAAAAUCCUUGAUUUCUCAGUAGGAGAGUCAAGAAAACAUGGAAAUUAUAAUAUAUAUUUGCAUGAAACGAAGGUACUAUCAGAUCACACAAUUGAAGAGGUAGAAAUCCUCUAUGGAAAGCUGAAACAUAGAUUUUGUUUAUAUGAAAUUAUGGCAUUGCCGUUGAAGGAGUAUAUUGAUGCGACAGAAUAUUUAAUGAACAUAUGCAGAUCCUUAAAGCAAACAGCUCUAACCUCAAGCAAAACAAAAAUUUCUUUUAUUGACAUUUCUGGUUGUGGAUUUGACAUUAUUCUGAUUAUUGUCAUUCAAAAUUUGAUAAGAAUGAAAAAAGAAGAAAACAUUGAUAUUUAUAACACCUUCAAUAUGAUUAUCCGUAAAGUUCCUUUAUUGAAUGUCUGCUUUGAACAGUAUCUACUGAUACAUAAGGUGGUUUGGGAAAUCAUAACACAUGGUAACAAAUAUGUGUUACUUAGAAAGUUGAAAGAAGAAUGUAAUAAAGGUAAGAAGGAUAUAAAAGGAAGAUGUGUCAUUGAAAAAGAAUUUAAAGAGUUAAUUGAUUUACAAAAGUCAAUCAAAACAACUCUUAUUGCUUCCUCAAGUCCUUCUAAUGUCUCAAAAAACCGUUUUCCAGAAAUAGUUGCAUGUGACAGAAAACGUGUUAUUCUAUCACAAAGAUCAGAUUACAUAAAUGCUGUGUAUGUUGAUAGUUAUGAAAAAAGGAAUGCUUUUAUUGCAACACAAGCUCCAUUAAAAGAAACCGUUCUGGAUUUUUGGAACAUGGUUGCAAAGGAGAAUGUCACAAGCAUUGUAAUGUUGUAUAAUUUCAACGAAGGAAAGGAUGCCGAGUAUCCUGUGAUUUGGUUAGUUCCAAAUGAUAAUCUCGAAGGAAUCUCAGUUAAAUUGGUUUCUGAAGCAUCACAUGGUGUUAUAUUACUCAGAUAUUUUCUUUUAACACUAAAACAAGUAAAACGUUACGUCAACAUUUUCCAACUUACAAAUUGGUCUCUUACCAAACUUCCAAGCGUUAAAAAUGUUAUAUCGCUAAUUGGUGAACUUGAAAAGUCUCAGGAAAGACUUGGUGGUGGUACCGUCGUAGUAACAUGCAGUGAUGGUGCAUACCGAACUGGAACAUUUAUCGCUUGCAAGAAUGCACUGGAUCAAUUGAAAUUGGAGAAAGGUGUUGAUGUGUUCAAUAUAUUAAGAUGUAUAAGGCAAAGCCGACCAGAAUUUGUGCUGAAUAAGCAUCAAUAUGGCUUUAUUUAUGAAGUUGUUAGCACAAUGUUUUGAAGAGAGUGUUCGUACCAAAAAAGCGACAUAAUUUUCAUAAAAUGUUGUAUGUUCACGACUCACAAGAAACAUAGGUGUUUAUAUACGUGAGAAAAAGCACGAUAUUUUUUGUUUCAAAUUUUAAGUAAUGUUUUAGAUAAUAUUUUGUGAUUCGUUUGCGUUGUCAAAUUUUACUGAGUAAUUAUCAUAGGAGCAUAGUUUCCUACGUGGUUAACUACGGACAAGUAUACCUAUCUCUAGUUGUAACACUUUUUUUUCCACAGCCUAUUAUUUUAUUGGGAAAGGGUUCAGUUUUUUCUUCAAGCAACGCUGUUGAACAUUUCUUCAUGAACUAAAUAUAAGUUCAUGUGAUAUUUAAAUUUUACCCCAGAAUUUUUUAAUCAUUCUUUAUCACCAUUUUUUAGUACAUUUACCUUUUCAUUAUUCUGUAAACUAUUGGAAGGAAAUUGUAUUAUUACUUCAAGUUUAUCUUAAUACAUAAAGAUUAUCUAAUGUUCAACUUGAAAAAUUGUAAAAUCUAGUGGUGUUGGCAUCACUGUUUUAAGAAUGUAGUUAUUAAAUAUACGUAUACGCUUUAGUAAGUUCUAAUAGGAAAACGAUUUUUAGAUCAUUUUAUAAUAGAAUUACUUACACAUAACAUUUUUAUGAACUAUAAUUUUUUACGAGAUGCUAGAAUUUUUAUUUAAAAGUUUGUUUCUUUUUGACCAUUGUUGAUAUGUAAUUAAGAUGCAACACCCCUUAGUUUUUGUUACACAAGCACUUUUUCGCAUUGUAAUAAAUAGUAUGAUGGAAAUGAUAUUUCUUCACUUUUAGUGCAAGGUUGUGGUUGCUCUAGUUAAAAAUUUUCAUUUGCCCUCAAAGAUAUAACUACAAUGCAAUGGCUUCACCAAUCUUACUUAACUCAUUGACGUCAGUCUAAUGCAUUCACAUUGUGCCGCAAUGUCAGAAAAAUUAACAAAUAGGACAUAUAUUUUUCGGCUACAUCGAAGGAAAAAAUAUAUCCCCUUUGCUUGUCAAAAACAUACGGAUAGAUAGAAUGUAUUGCACUUUAUAUCUCAUUACAUUGUAUACCAUCUUGCUUUAUUUGUUAAAAAAAAUGUGCUACAAAAAUUUGUCUUACUGUUAAUUGUAAAAAUUUAUGUAAUGCUUAGGGUAGAUAGAAUUAAGAUUUAACAUAUUUAUUUUACAGUAUGUAUAUUAAUAUUGAAACGUAUUAUCUUAAAUAUCAAAAUAUUUUCAAGAUUUUGGUAUAACUCGUGAAUUACAGAGUCAUGAAGAAUUGUUUCUGUAAUAUGUGUAUGUGAAGAUCGCACCUCUCUUGGCAUAUGGAAUGGUCUAAUCAAAUCCAUCAUAUAGUACUUAUUAUAAACCAUAAGACUAUAUUCUGGUAGAGCAUGGUAUGGAGGUAGAGGGAGUAAUGUGGGAGAUAACAAACAAAUGUAGUUUCAGGUGUAUUUUGAUAAAAGAACAAGUAUUAAUAGAAUUGCUAUCCAAGAAUUCACAUCACAUUGUUCAUGAACUUGUUGGCACAUUGUUUGGAAGACUAUUGGCAUAGUUGCAUAAUCAUAUUAUAUUUUAUAUGCAGAACUUCAAAAUGACAAGAAACGCAACUGAUUUAUAUAUGUGACAGAAAACAUUGUAAUCUUUUGUUAACAUUUGGUAUAAUUUUACAUGACAUAUUUUGAUUUCAACUUCAUAUUAAUUUUACCAUCCAGUCUUUCUGACUAAAUUUUUACUUAGUUGUCCUGUGCCAAAAGUAAUUAAUAAAAAAUCUCAAAAAAUAAUGUAAACGUUGAAAUUCUGGAAAACCUGAAAAUUAAUUAUAUACCUUUCCCAUUUUUGUAUCUAAACACUGUUGUUAUAAAAGUUAGUUUUAAAUAAUUUUUUAAAUAAUUCCAUUUUUUUUAUUUUUUUAUUUCGUUUAAAAUUCACAUCACAUUGUUCAUGAUAUUGUUGGCACAUUGUUUGGAAGACUAUUGGCAUAGUUGCAUAAUCAUAUUAUAUUUUAUAUGCAGAACUUCAAAAUGACAAGAAACGCAACUGAUUUAUAUAUGUAACAGAAAACAUUGUAAUCUUUUGUUAACAUUUGGUAUGAUUUUACAUGACAUUUUUUGAUUCCACCUUCAUAUUAAUUUUACUAUCCAAUCUUUCUGACUAAAUUUUUACUUAGUUGUCCUGUGCCAAAAGUAAUUAAUAAAAAAUCUCAAAAAAUAAUGUAAACGUUGAAAUUGUGGAAAACCUGAAAAUUAAUUAUAUACCUUUCCCAUUUUUAUAUCUAAAGACUGUUGUUAUAAAAGUUAGUUUUAAAUAAUUUUUAAAUAAUUCCAUUUUCUUAAAUUUUUUUUAUUAACCUUAUUUUCAAGGUAUGUCAUCCUGGAAAUCUAUUUUCAAAAUUUGAAUUUUGAUAAUCACCGAAAUUAAUGCUCUACAAAAUGUGAAAAUUUCACAGAAUGUGUCAACUGAAGAAUUUAGUCUUCUUAAGCAGUGUGUUGAUAUGAAAUAAAAUAACAUUUUUUGUUAUUUGAAAUACUAUUUCUCUUAUUUAUUUAUUGUAUUUUCUAUUGCAUUUAUUUGUUAUUUAAACCCCAGCACAUAGUCAUUAAAUUUUAAGCACGCUUUGUUUUAUAUUGUAAUAAAUUGAAUUUAUUUUAUUGAGUAAUAGAAGUUAAUAGAAUUACCCAGUUACAGUGCAGCUACUUUUUGAUGCAUGGUAUCACUGACAAUUUUUUAUUUUCAGUCCU